AUGGUGUUCUGUGGAUUCUUUACGGAGCUCAUGAAAGUAAAAUCCAGUUCUGACAGAAACGGAACAAAUGGAGCCAAAACGGUCCGAACAGAUAUGAGGUCCAAAUACUCAGCAGACCUGACUUCUUACACAUCCGCUUGUCAACAAGACUCCGACCUCAAAUCCUUUGAUUCUUCGCUUCACAAGCGAACCAACAGAGUCAUCAAGUCGCUCGCUGCUCGAGCCGAGACUCAGUCUCUAUCUCUAGACUCACUCAUGGAGGUGUACGGGUUUCUUCUUGAACUAAACCAAGAUGCGGUAAGAGUCAUCAUCGAAAGCAGAGAAGAUGUGUGGAAGAACAAAGAUCUCAAGUCUCUCGUUGAUGUCUACUUCAAAAGCACUACCAGGACCUUAGAGUUCUGCAAUACCGUCGAGAAUUGCGUCAAGAGAACUGAGAUUAGCCAACUUCUCAUCCGACUCGCGGUGAAAAAGUUUGAAACAGAGUCACUGGACACGGAUCUUGGAGGAAGUAAGACUAAGAAGAAGAAGAAGUAUGCGAAGACGUUGGAGGAGCUGAACAAGUUUAAAGCCAUGGGAGACCCAUUUGAUGGAGAGUUCGUGAGUCAGUACGAGUCGGUGUACGAGCAGCAGGUUCUGCUUCUGGAGGAGUUGCGUAAGCAGAAAGUAAAGCUUGACAAGAAACAGAGGAAUGUAAAAGCAUGGAGGAGAUUGUCGAACGUGGUGUUCGUGAUAGCGUUCGUCUCUGUUCUGGUGUUAUCGGUGGUUGCGGCCUCGGUGGGAGCACCGCCGGUGGUGAGUGCGGUCGCGUCUGGAUUGACCGCGCCGGUUGAUUUGGCGGGGAGGUGGUGUAGCGAAAUGUGGAAGGAGUACGAGAAGGCGGUGAAGAGACAGAGAGGCCUGGUUUUGUCGAUGGAGAUCCGUACGACGGUUAUAAAUGAAUCGAUGGAGACGAUAAGGAUCCUAGUGGAGAACCUGAGAAUCAGGAUCUCGUUGAUACUGGAGACGGUGGAGAUCGCUGUGGAGAGGGAAGGAGAGGAAGAGGAAGAGGAGAUGAGACUUGCGAUGCAGAAAAUAAGGGAGAAGAUCGAUGGGUUCACUGAGAAGAUCGAGCAAGUCGGCGAAAGUGCGGCUAAGUGUAGCAAAUUCAUCGCUUUGGGGAGACUUCUUGUUCUUGAACACAUCCUCAAGUUACCCGCCACUUCUGCUGUUUCAUAA